AUGUUUCUUGCUGUGUUAAUUCUAUUGAAUUUCAAUUAUAUUAUAUGCGACACUGAUGGCGGGAAAGCGCCAAGGAUACCUUUGAAUGAUGGCAAUUUAAUGCCUGCUAUUGGAUUGGGAACGUUUCUUGGCUUUGACGAAAACGGACAAAAACAAGUAGGAGAUGAAGAAGUGGAGAGACCUGUGACUUGGGCUCUUAAUGCUGGAUAUAGAAUGAUAGACACAGCCUCCGCCUAUCAUAAUGAAGAACAAGUUGGUAAAGGGAUCCUCAAAUCGAAUGUACCCAGGGAACAGGUCUUCAUUGUUACUAAGCUCGGUUUGAAUGAACAAAGAGAUGUUCUGCAAUCCUUACGAGGUUCCCUGAAACGUCUGAACACUUCGUAUGUCGAUUUGUAUCUGAUACACAAUCCGGUUGCAUUGAAGCCCGACCACAGUGGCUUUGAUAUCAUAGACUAUUUAGACACUUGGAAGGGCAUGGAGGAGGCGAAACGCCUCGGCCUCGCCAAGUCCAUAGGUAUUUCUAACUUCAACAUAAGUCAGAUGGAGCGUUUAUUAUCGAACUGUGAGAUACGACCAGCUGUUUUGCAGGUUGAGGUGAACCUAAAUUUAGCCCAAAAUAAACUCCAGGAAUUUACUAAAAGAGAAAAUAUCGCUGUAAUGGCGUACACGCCAUUUGGUUCGCUAUUCGACAAGACUGGUGUACCGCCUCCUCCCAGGAUUGAUGACGCAACAAUGGUGGAACUGGCCAAGAAAUAUAAGAAAAAAGUACCCCAAAUUGCACUACGAUAUUUGGUACAACGAGGUAUUUCGCCCAUACCAAAGUCAGUGCGUAAAGAGAAAAUCGAAGAAAAUAUCGACAUAUUUGAUUUUGAACUUACCGAACCGGAUAUGAUUACUUUGACUCAAUUCAAUAAAAACUAUCGCGUUGUGUGGCCUAGUUUUUGGCAAGAACAUCCUUAUUAUCCUUUUGAAAGGAAAGAGAAUCCAGAUAAUGAUUUAUUUAAACCAAAACCUAAAUAA